CCUACUCUUCGUCUUAUAGCAUUUCACUGGAACGCUUGCGCUGUAUUCGAUUACCUCGGUGCUAACAUCUAACGGACAAUGUUGAAAACAAUGUGUUUUCGCGUAUCACUAACGUAUAACCAAAAAGUAUACGUCAGUUAAAUCAUCACACUUUAUUGGCAUCGAUAAAAUUAAUUAUUCAAGAGAAAGGUUUGGAUUUCAAGUACAAGGACUGUACAAUGUUCUUUUAAAAUGGUAAAUGAUAAAUAAUAAUACCACAAAUGAUCAUCGAUCGACCAUAAUCAACUUUUAAGUCGGAACUUUCGAUUGUAGACGUUUUAUUUCAUUUUUCAAAUUGAUAUAUAACCUCUCGAAUUACAUUGUGAUAUUCCGCGUCGUAUUUGUAAAAAAAAAUGUCUUGGUUAUUCGGGCGAAAGAAACAGCACAAGGAUUCGCCAUCUGAUUCGACGGAAGAGGAACAAGUAUCGAAUCAAAGCGACGAUUAUGAAUUCGUUCCGAAUUGGACCUCGUCGAUACAAGGGAACAGAAGUCAUGACACCACGUCUACGUAUCCUAGCGGUAACUUGUAUCCUUCGUACAUACCUCCUGUUCCAGAAUUCGGACAAGCUGUACCAACCGAUUCGUCCAAAGAUUUUAACCAAGGAGAGAGUACGCAUUAUUUGAACGGCGUUCCAUUCAAAUUGUGCAAAUACCUGGAGAUUAACGCGAGCAAUGAUUUCGAGAUAGAUCAACUUAGAAUUAGUGAAAUUUUAUCCUUCAUAGAGACAAUAAGGAAUCAAAAUUAUGAUUAUAAUUUCGCUUUGGAAGAAAGCAUCGUGGCAGAAAUGAAUAGUAGAAAUAACGAAUAAUUUUCUCUCCGCAUAUCAGAUGUCUUCAGAGAUCACGUAACGUUCGCGUCGAAUUAAAAUUCUUGAGUGUUUUGGCCAACACGUGCAAUAUAAUUCUUGCGUAAGUGUAUCGUUAAAAAUACACUGGCGUGAACACUUUCGUUUUCUUCAUGCUCAUAUACAUAUCGGCUAUGUCGGUUGAUAUGAAAAAUCCACUCUUAUAUUUUUGCUGAUUUUCAUCAUUUUACGUUUGACGAGAGAAGAAAAGAAAAUGAAAAUGAGAAAAAGCGAGAUAAUAAGAUAUAAACUGCAAUGGCUUAAUAACACUCAAUGACGUGCGAGCACAAAUUUAUUGUUCAAAGAUGACACGUUCACGAUUCUAUGCGUUUCCAGUGUAAGAUAAAUCGCUUAUCCGAUAAGUUUAAAUAUACUCUAUAUUAUAGAUAACGAAAUUAUACAUUUGUAACACACGUGUAAUUUUUAAAUAUCGAUGUAUAUAUCUUUUAAUAAAACAAUAAGUAUUAUUAAAUGAUCGAUCUUUUCAUCGAGAUACAAUGUUGUACGAAUAACAAUGUUUCGGCUAAUAUAAAUAUCAAAUAUAAUCGAGCAAGAAAGAAGAUGUGCGAACGUUAUCUAAGUAUUCUAAAAGAUCUUAUCGUAGUAACAAACAUAAUGAAGUCAUGAUAAUGACGAGAAAUAUGAAUGGCAUCCAUGUUUUAAGGAAACCU